AUGGAGGACAAAGAGGCCUUCCUCGGAUUCUUGGAUGCUUCCCUGCAAGUCCUACGGAAGCAUCUGGCCUCUGCGUACGAUGCGAAGCUCGCGAAGUUCGAUGCUUCCAGCAAGCUCCUGAGCCUGGAGGGCGAUCUGAAUCUCCUGGCUCAGAGGCAGCGCAGCGACUCGAAGAACUCGGCUUCGCUCCCGGCCUCCCCGAGAAGUGUGUCCUCGGCCCCGAGCAGCGUGAGGUUUGGGGAGGAGACCCACAUUGAGAUCGAGCAUCAAAGCCAUCAGAGGCCUAGUGGCUCCAUUUUCCCCGAGGUGAAUUUGGGGGAUUUGGAUGAUUUAGACGGGGAGGAGGAUGGCGGCGUGAGCCACGGAGACUCCUCGGCACUGCUGCAAUCGGACUUGCAGGACAUGACUGAAUCGGAGCGGCGGAUGAUCAGGCAUCGUCUUCGUGUACGAUUGGGCGUCGUGAGCCGGAAUAAGCUCGUUUCUGGCAAGUCUCUACACGACUCGCUGUCAGCCCUGGGGCUGACGCGAUACACGGAACAGGAGAUCAACGAUCUAGUCAACCACCUGGCGACCUUCGUGAGCCUGAACUUCGAGGAAGAGGAGGACGCGACCAACCGGCGCAAAGCCUGCGCCUACAAUGACAACACCUGGAGUGCGAACACCAUGAACACCAUCGGGAGCACCUUCGACCGCUUCGACAUCUUUGGGCUCCGGGGCUUCGACCCCGAGGCAGCCAAGCCUAUCUGGCAGUGGCCCAGUGGAUCCCCGGCGAGCUUCUGGGCUCAGGCUUUAUAUAAUAAGGAAGCUUUGGGGUUUAUUAACUAUAGAUAUAGAUUCUAUAGAUCCGCUUUAAAUUUAUAA